AAAAUGAGUACCUCCCAGUCAAGCACUUGUCUUAAUGCCUUCAUGUGUGGGGCGGAUAAGGAAAAUGUAAUGCAGGCCUCGAAUUUUGGGUACUGAGAAAAGGAUGAACGGAAGAAAAAUGGGAUUUAGGUGAGGGAAAGAGAAUUCGCCCCAAAAAUGAGCCAAAGUUAAGGAUUACUGAAAGAAAGUGAAAUUGGAGGAUAGAGAGUUUAUGAAGGAGAAUAAGAGAUUUAGAGUUGCCAAGCUUGAUAAUAAGGAAUUUGAGCAUUUUUAUCAUCAAAAUCAGACAGUAUCUACUACAGCAAAUUCUUCAUAUAAAACUUCUCUUUUUGAAAAAAUGAACUCUGUAUUUAAAGCUCAAGUGGAUUAUUCCAAAAAUCCGAAACCCAAGAAAAAUUGUGCUAAUGAUUUCAACUGGGAUGAUAAAUCAAAAAUUGAAAGAGAAGUACUUAAGCAAAAUACAGCAAUUCAAGAAGGAAGGUUUGAUCCUAUCAAAUAUUUUGGAGGAUUUAAACCUGAAGAAGUAGGAACUGGCAUCAUCAGAACAAUAAUCACCAAAGUAUUUGCACCUCCAGAUGAAUCUAAAAGUAUUGAACCAUCCCCAGAUACUCAUAAGAAAGAAACAAACAUAAUCCCAAAGCUGAACAAGGCCAAAGCAUCCCAUUCCCAGCCGGAGCUAGAUCCUGCAAAAUGUCCUAGCUUAGCUGACAUCUCUAAUUCUCUUCAAACAAGCCAAUCUCGUAUCAACCAGCUAAUGAACAACCUCAAAAAUCUCAAAUGCUCAGGUAGCACUAAAGAGAAAGUGAAGGUUGGGCUUUCUCAGACAAAUUCGUUCCUUAAUUACAAUAAACCAAAGCUAAAAUAAGGUAAAGAAGCAUAAAUCUGCUCUCUGGAAUAACCCUGAUGGCAGCACUGAGUCUAAAAGGCAGAAUUCUAAAGGAACCAAUGGGUAUUCCAAAGGUAUCUCCAGCACUAUUCAGCAACUCAAGGGGAUCUCUGACGCUACAAGGAAUUUUAUUAACCAUACUGGGAAUGACUCGACUUAUAAGAAUAUCCCUAAAAGAAUGGACUCAAAAAAGUUUAAAACUAAGCUAAAAUUAUGAGGCUCUAAUGCUAAUGAUAAAUCUAAUUAUUACUCGAAGGAUGUGAAAAAGUUACUCAGUGAAACCUCAAGACACUGUUUGACAAUAGGAAAUGAGUUUCAUACAGAUAGGUCCAACCUUAACGUGAAAUCGAAUACUAGCAAGUGUAGUAAGAACUCUAGCUACUCGAGGCUGAAGCAUGGACCUUCUUUUUCCAAGGAAGCACAGGGCUACAGUACUCUGUUGGAUCUGGAGAAGAACAAAUACAAGGACUAUCUUGACAAACCUAUGAGCAAGUUCCCUCCAUCUGGAAGAGAGACACCUGUUAAUACUAAGAAACAAAGACUUGAGUCCUUGAAGGUAAGGAUAGAAAGUGCCAAAUCUAAGCUAAAGUCAUGAACACCAGUCACCCAUUUCGAAAAUAAUUACUUAGCAAGCAAAUCUAAAUAUAAAAAGAAGAUUCCCGAUCAGCCGGAAGGUAGACCUCCUAAAAGUUCAAAGCGGUCAAAGACCAGGUCAAAGAGUAAGCAUUCAAAGUCGAAACAGAGGGUUAAGAACAAAUCAAAAACAUAUGUGCAUCCUCUAAGCCAGAGGGCUAAUUCAGUUGAUCAUCAGAAUAUCGACUCUACCUUAGAAUUUUGUAAAAAGAUGAACAAAGACUUGAAGAAGAUUAGCACAUCUAAACUAUCCAAAUUUUUCAAGAAAUGAAAAUCAAACGCAACAAAGACAUUUCAGAUGAAGAGUAUCACAAGUUAUAGGAAGGAUGGUAGGACCCAUCUAGGCCUUGGACAAAGAACUGGCUCUAUAGAUAUACAACUCUUCAAGUAAUCCACUAUUACUUCUU